UCUACUCUGGGUCAGUCUGCUCCUUCGUUUACAACAGUAAAAUAUUGGGUAGCAGAGUUUAAAGGAGGCCGUACGAGCUGCCAAGACAAGCAUCGCAGUGGUCGACCAAAUGAGGUGACGACUCCAGAAAUGGUGAAGAAAAUCCACAAAGCGGUACUGGAUGAUCGUCGACUGAAAGUGCGCGAGCUAGCAGACAUAGCAGGCAUUUCAAAAAGUGCGGUACAUUGCAUAUUAUCUGAAAAUUUGGACAUGAGAGAGCUGUGUGCAAGAUGGGUGCAGCCUUUGCUCACACUCGAGCAAAAACAGUGUCGUGAAGAUGUUUCAAUUGAGUAUUUAGCGAAGUUUCACAGCAACAAAGAAGAAUUUUUGCGCUGUUUCAUAACCAUGGAUGAAACAUGGGUCCAUCACUUUACACCCGAGACAAAAGAACAAUCAAAACAAUGGACUCAAAAGGGAGAACCGGCUCCAAAGAAGGCGGAGACGGUUUCAUUUGCAGGAAAAACUAUCAACGGCGAGUAUUAUGCGAACUUAUUGCAACGUUUGAACGAAGAAAUCAAGCAAAAACGGCCGCAUUUAGCUAAGAAGAAAGUGUUGUUUCAUCACGGCAAUGCACCAGCUCACAAAUCCGUUAUUGCAAUGGCCAAAAUUAAUGAAUUAAA